AGUUGCAGUCUCUCCUUGACAGUGUAAAGCGGAAUAUUUUUCAGCUGAGAAGGGGGGGUGUCAUGAAGCUGGCACUCAGCCCUUCUCAGCCAUUGGGACAGAGAGGAAUUGGUGUAAUUGUGAGUCAUCAAAAUACUCCCCCCCCCAAAAAGGGGGAGAUGAGAGUGGCUGAUGGGUUUUAUUUUGUCUUAUUUUAUUUCCAGGCAGAGUGUCCCACUGUGCCGUACAGAUGACUGUCUGUGCUUGUUUUCUCUCAUAUGCUCUGCAACAGGAGGUCUGCAGCGUUCCUGCUUGAAGUAGGAGGCAGCCCAUCUGUCCUGCAAGGAGCACUGAUGCAGAGGUACCUUUCUCAAGUCACUUUAGGGUCUGUGACCGAUAUUGGUUAAUAAGCUUGCAUUCUUGGGGCAGUUGGCACAACACCAAGGUUCCACAAACUUUACUCCCAUCUCAGGAUCAUGACGCAUGUCAGAGGUGAUAACAAAGACAGAACAUAGUAACAUCCUGGUGGUCUUCCAUUAUUCCAUCUAUAAACUCAUUUGAAAAGUCAAGUAUGAUAAGCACACAAAUGAAUGGGAACAAAGAGCAUGCUGCUGCCAUCCACGUACCAUCUUCCCAAUGAGACAUAUUUCAGUGAACACACUUUGGAUAUUGAUGGCCUUUCCACAAACCCAGACAUUUUCCUACACUACAGACUCAAACGUUUUUUCAUCGCUUAGUAGCAGAACGCAUUCUGUUACUUGAUGGCUCUUCCUUUAACAACCCAACAAAAACUUGGAAGGAGAUCUUAGACUCAUUGGGUUAUACUGUAUCAUCAAGCAGCCAGCAAGGUACGGAGAACAUCAGAGAGAGCAUCCUAAAGAGAGUCUUUAUAAUUGCUGUGGCUAUUUUUUUUUUUAAGUUGGCCUUAAAUGGAACUGAUACCGAGGAAGAAAUGUGGAUUUUCAGAUGUGUUUCCCAGUCUGGGGUUUCCUUCCUGGUUCUGUGUUUAUAAAGCAAAAACCAUAUUUCCAGCUAAUUUUUAUCAACAAUGGGGAAAUAAAGCUCCUUGCAACACUACCAAAUAUUUGCUCUUGGCUCUUUCAAAGAAAGGGCAGAGUGAAUCACAAGCACGCUGGAUGAACAUUAACCAGUAUUGAUAAUGGGCUUGAACUCCGAGAACAUCUCUGCCUCUGAUUGCUUGAACUGCACCCAGACUGUGGAGGAAGUAAACAUUUUAAAGGCCAUAUUAUUAGGAGUUAUCUUGGGGGGGCUGAUUGUUUUCGGUGUCCUGGGCAACAUUCUGGUUAUCCUUUCAGUAGCCUGCCACAAGCACCUGCAGAGCGUAACCCACUAUUACAUUAUCAACUUAGCUGUGGCUGACCUCCUGUUGACUUCUGUUGUCCUUCCUUUCUCUGCUAUUUUUGAGAUUUGUGGGUACUGGAUCUUUGGGAGGAUCUUCUGCAACAUCUGGGCAGCUGUUGAUGUUCUAUGCUGUACAGCUUCCAUCAUGAGCCUUUGUAUCAUCUCUAUAGACCGAUACAUUGGGGUGAGCUACCCACUGAGAUAUCUAGCCAUAGUGACAGAAAAGAGGGGUCUCCUAGCUCUGCUGUGUGUCUGGGUACUGUCCCUUGUUAUAUCUAUAGGGCCCCUCUUUGGCUGGAAACAGCCAGCUCCAGAAGAUGAAAAAAUCUGUCAGAUCAACACUGACCCUGGUUAUGUCUUGUUCUCUGCUCUUGGCUCCUUCUACCUCCCCUUGGUCAUCAUACUGGUGAUGUACUGCCGGGUGUAUGUGGUGGCCAAAAGGGAAAGCAAAGGCCUGUCUUGUGGCCUGAAGACUGAGAAGUCCCAUUCAGAGGAAGUGACUCUCCGCAUCCAUCGCAAAAACACCCCGGAAACCACCAGAUCGACACCCAGCACCAAGCACAAAUCCCAUUUUUCUGUGAGGCUCUUGAAGUUCUCCAGGGAAAAGAAAGCAGCUAAGAGCCUGGGAAUAGUCGUGGGAUGUUUCAUACUCUGCUGGCUCCCUUUCUUUUUAAUCAUGCCCAUUGGUUCUUUCUUUCCCCAGAGCAAGCCCUCAGAAACCAUUUUCAAAAUUGCAUUUUGGCUGGGAUAUCUAAACAGCUGCAUCAACCCUAUCAUCUACCCUUGCUCCAGUCAAGAGUUUAAAAAGGCAUUCCAAAAUGUUCUAAGGGCCCAGUGUCUCCCGCCACGGAAGUACUCAGCCAACAAAUACUCCCUUAGCUUCAACCUCAAUCAUCCAAGCAAACAUGUAGCAGAAGCUCCCAAAGAUGUUGUCCGCAUCCCUGUGGGCUCUGGAGAAACCUUCUAUAAGAUUUCCAAGUCAGAUGGCGUCUGCGAGUGGAAACUCUUUUCAGCCGUUCAAAGCAUGUCUACUAAGAGCACAGCCACAAAGGAUAAGUCCAGCUGUGUGACAGCCAAGGUCAAGAGCAAAGGCUUUCUCAGGGUAUGCUGCUGUGCAAGCACAUCGGGAAACAACACCCAAAAGGACCUGAAAGUGCCCACCAUUAAAAUACACACUGUCUCCAUCAGCAACAAUGGAGAAGAUAUUUGAAGGCAUCUAUCGUUCUGGUGGGGCUGGAAGAGGGUUACAUGCAGUGCUUCAAUUUGCCCAACCUGAGCAUGGGGGCUGUUUUUAAUGAGAUAACACAGAAGGAAGAACAUGACGAGAGAUGGAGGCUGAAGUAGAACAAAGCACAUGAGCUUGGGCUGAAUCCAAAUUAUUGCGAGAAUCUCAGCCAAGGCGAUUUAACUCCCACUGGAAUCUGUUGGGUUUGGAAAUAGGCCCUCUUGGAGCCGGACUCCUUCAAACAAUUCUCCUAUCAUUUUCCUUGCUAUUUUCAAGGUUCUGCAAUUCAUUUCAUUUUAUUUCAAAUUGUUUAGCGGUUUCAUUCUUCAUGACUGACAGGGGCAGGGGGGGCAGUGUUGUAACAUAUCCUACAAUAGAAAACCAUGAAUUGUAUGUUCUUGGUUUCAGCGCAGGUACUUUUCUAUGGCUCUCAGCUUUAUGUUGUGGUAACUCUGUAUCCAUAAAGGGUGAAUUGGAUGAGGCUGAGCCAUGUGUUAAAGGAGAAAUAUGGUGGCCUUUUAAUUUGACUCCCUUCUUUGUUUUAAUGGAAUUACUCCAGCUCUGAGAAACUCAAUGGACACCAAAGGGCAAGGGUGGAGAACCUCAGACCCAGGGACCAAAUGAGCCCCUCCCCAGACCUCUCUAUCCAGCCCUUGCAGCUCUUCCCAGGCCACACCCUUUUAUCCCAGGCCUUGCCUCUCAUUGGCUGUGCUCCACACACCCCUUAAUUGUUUUUGCCUGGCUGGAAUUUGCCCUUGAAUUGUGAUAAUGCCUCUUGCUUGCCUGCAUGGAAGACGGAGAGAUGUGUGUGUUGUGGGUAUCUGGACGGGGGGAGACCUUUGACUUCUGCAUGCCUGGAAUGUAGUCUGCUGUACAAAGGUAAGAGUUACAGACAUUACUCCCUCCCCCACUUUUGGCAUGUGACCCUGUAAGGUUGCCCCUGCAGAAAUGCGGCCCUGGGGAUGUAAAAGGUUCCUCACCUCUGCCACAAGGACUGGCCCUGAUUCUGAGCUUUUAAGCCUCAUUUAGAGCUUGGCACUAAUAGCUCAGAAGCUGGUGCUCCCUUCAUAUGUACAGCAAACCUGAUGGGAGCUGUUCCUCCACAGAGACAUCUCACAUGAUCAUCAUGUGUGUGGGUAAACAGUAUAACCACCUAGGCAGAGAACUAAUGUAGAUCUUUCAUAGCCAACCAGCGUCCUCUAGGGAGUGGGGGGAAAUCUGAUUCAUGUUUGCAUUUGAAGCCAAAUCUAUGAAAUGUGAACCUUCCAAAACACUAUGAGGACCAAAUUACAGCCACCUGAAAUUCUCAUUUAUCCAAAUUUUGCAGUUCUCCAAGCAAAGAUUGUUUACCAAAAUGUGUAUAUUAGGGGACAUUAAUUACACACAAGAAUGCAUUAUAUUAGGGGAAAUAUAAUGCAAAAGUGUGUACGUCAGUCAAAACUGCAUACAAAAAUGUGUUUAUCAGGAGAAAUUUGCACUAAAAUGCUGAAGAACUUUCAUGAGGAUUUAAAAAAAAGUUGCAAAUUGCUGCAAAAAUGUGGAGAACUGAAUUUAAGACUGGGAAAGGGAGAAACUUGGAGAACUGAAAUUGACAGAUCCUUCCAUCCCUAGCCCUCUGCCUCCUUCUCUGUAGGAUGUCAAACAAGUCGGACUGAUCCAUACGAUCUGUUCUGCCCAUCUGGCUGUAGUAUUCACAGAUGAGAUAUCAUCAUAGAGAAGCAGCUCCCAUAAUUCUUGGUGCACAAAUGAAGAGGGCCUCAUUGUCCCUUCUCUCUCUCUCUCUUUCUCUCUCUCUUAUAGGGACGAUUUCCUUAUUCCAAAAGUGUUUGCCAAAUCUCUGUGUGUGGUUUUUUAAGGCUUCCCUUUCUUUGUGUUCCUCUUUGUCUACUGUCUUGUAGUACAUUCAUUUUUGAAGUGCAACAUAUACGGUGGGAAAUAUGCAGCAGCAAAAUAAUGUAUAUUUGGGCAUAACAAUGAUGCCGUGAAACUGUCUUCUGGGUUUGUGGGGCAUUUCCCAGCCCCUUGAUCCUUGCAUGUUGCGUCUCCUUCCCAUAUCUGUGACUCCAUCACAACCCAUGAGCCCAACCUAUUCCAUCAAUAGCUGACUCAGAGAAUUCUGAUCCCUCAUUCACCUCUUCCUUCUUUAUUGGCAUUCCCAACCCUCUCUCUUUUUGGCAUACACAACCCCUGGGAUACAUGGAACAAAUAGAAACCUUGCAGAUUCAUACCACAAGGUUUCAUUGCAUCCUGCCCAAACCCACUGCCGUCACACAUGACCACGGAAGUGUGCAUUUCUUUAGUAGAUUUAACAGAAAGUUUCCAUUCAGAGCACUUCAUGAAUCAGCUUACAAUUUACACAGUAUUCAGCAUCAUUGCUAGGAUUCACUGGGCACGUCUACAUUACACUAAGACUUUGUUGCAGCAACCAGACAUGUCGCCUUACCAGCCUUAAGUAAGGAUGGGCGGGGACCUUACUUGUGUGAACUGAGCAUCACUGUGGAGAGCAAGCACGCAGAUGAGGAAGUAAUUGAGCCUGCCGGUGCCAUAGCCUAUGAGUCCAAGGUGAGGGUGGCUGGACUCCCUCUUUCACAUCCCCCUCAGGAGGGGGCCUGCUCUGCAGCGAGGAUAGCGGUGGCAGUGGCAGCAGCAGGGUGAGAAAGCAAAGGAAGGGGGAUGAAGGGAAGGGGGAGAGACAACUUUCUGAUUAGGCAGUGCCUCCCCAGUAGUAACUGGAGCUAUAGGGUGGAGGUGUCACUGUCAGAGGCGUGAGAGCCUUCAAGCUCAUCCACAUCCAAAGGCACAUCACUGGCAUCUUCCCAUUGGUCCAAGUCUCUCCUCUUCCUCCUCCUCAUCGCUCCAUUGCCAACCCAUGGGACUUAUGACACAUUGCAACAUUGGAAGCUGGUGCAUUAUGGCAAAUGGGGCACUAACCCCACCAACUGCUGUCAGACAGCUCCCAUCUGCCUGCCUUCUUUCUUACAACUGUCAACUUCCUCCUCCUUAGUCUCAGUGUUGCCCCGGUAGAACCCAACACAGAAGAAGAGCCUGGGAUAAAACUAAAAUGAGUUGUCUCUGCCUUUCAUGGGCUUUGGCUCUGCAUAUGAUUGACUCUAACUUUGCUGUCUGUUGACCUCCCUGCCUUCCGCCCUACGAGUCCAAAUAGGCAACAGCUACCAUCGCACUGCACUGCAAAGCAGCUUUUUUGCAAUUAUCACAUGCAGACCUGUAGAGAGACAGCAUUUAUUGUGGCACUGAUGAAACAGGGGUUCAGCAAACUGUAGAAUUGUUCACAUUCACAUGAUGAUGGGUACUCUCGGUGGGGAUGCUUAUUUAAUUAUUGAGAAGACUAGGAUUCAAGACAGUCUCUUCCACAAGUCAACAGCAAAGAAUCAAUCCAUUCCUAUCAUUUCUUGUGGCAGAGAACAUAGCUAUUUGGACCCACCCCAAGUACAGAGAAAAGAAAGGGCAUGAAGCAGCGAUUUGGGAGUAUCCAGAAAUUCUCUAUGUGUUUAUGAAGAACUGGUUGCUUUCACAUGGUUUGAUGCAGCCUAAAUCAGCCCAAUAUUUAACAGCAAGUAGAUAGCUUGGAUCAGAUUUGAUAGUGUCACAGAGUAGCCUAGAUUUUUUUCCCCACAGGAUGCAUCUACUCUACAGGGUCACAUUAGGUCUGUGCCAAAUUAAUUUAUGCUUUCCUGCAUUCUGCUCAGAAUUGUUUCUUAGAUCCUUUCUCUGCCCUGGAUUUCAUAGGGUAUUCUAGGGAAAGGGAAUUGCACUUAAACCAGUUUAGGUCUUCAAUGUAACUGUGUCCACAGAGAUUUAUUUCAAUUGACUUUGGCUAAAUUAUAUAUCUCAAAACACAAAAAUUCACAUACCACGUUCCUUCAUUAAACCAGAUUACCUGAAUAUGGAUUGCCAGAAAUCUAAACAAACAGCAGUGAAAAGUGGCUGCGUAAUCCAAAGGUCUGAAUCAAAUUUGUCCAUUGAGCUCUGUACAAGCAAGAGCUUCCUAGAUUUGCUUCAGCCUUGGGGAACGUUCUUCAAUCACUAUGAGUGUAAAACAUUCCCUAAACCAGGUGUGGGGAACCAUUUGCCCUCCAUAUGUUGCUGAACUGCAACUCCUGUCAACCCCAGCAAGCAUGGCCAAUGGACAGGGAUGAUGGGAGUUGUAGUUCAGCAACAUCUGGAGGGCCAAAGGUUCCCCACACCUGCCCUAAACAUCAAGGUUAAUGGGAGUUCCUCUGCUUCUGUGGCACUCUAGGUUGAUUUACAUAUGCAUGAUUGAUUAUAACUUGAUGACUGGAACACCAAGUGAUGGCCAAGUGGGUGAAGGGGCCAUUACAGAUCAAGUGUCCCAGAUAAGAACUUCCACAUCAUUUUAAAUGCAUUAGGUAGGAUCCAGACUAAGUGCCAUAGCCACUUCUGAGUAACCUCUACUCAGAGUACACCCAUUGAGAUGAAUGAACCUGAUUUAGUCAUGUCUAUUAAUUUUAGUUUAUUUAUUCUGAUUAGGACUAGCCUUGGAUGCAGUCCUAUAGCCCUUGUCAUAUGUUUACAUACAUAUAGGGAAUUCACAUAUAGCAGCAGGAGGAGGGCCUUAUUUCUAGUUCCACCCCUGAAAUUGCAUUCCCUUCACUGUGCUACCCUAUCCUUUGACACUGAGUGUGGUGAUCCGAAAAGGAAUGCUUGUGCAUAGGGGUUGCAUCCAACCAAAUUCUACUUAGCGCAGACCCAUUGAAAUUAUUGGGCCUAAGCUAGCCGUGUCUAUUACUUUUUAUGGGUCUACUCAGAGUAGGACUAGCAUUAGAUACAGCCCAGGAGCUCCACGUGAGCAGGAUACCCAAUUGUGUGGGUAUUUGCUUAGAGCUUCUAAUUGUGAUCAGCUGUUCAUGUGAAGAGUUCCUUUUCUCAGAUCUUCAUGCUCAGCCCAUGAAGGUUGGACACAGCAAUAGGGAUGUAACACAAGAGCAGGAUCAGAAGUGGUCUUCAGGACAGGCAGCAUUUAUUAUGACACUAAUGAAACACAGGUUCAGCAGUCUUAUUCUCCCAAACCUGCACAUAAGCAUCCUACACAUGAGCAAAUGUGUGAAUAGGACAUAAGCUGGUCAUACUUUAGUUCCAUUAAAAUCAAUGGGACAAGCAGUCAUGGCAAGAGAUGGGGAAGAAAUUGGAUUCAGUUCUCAUUUAAAGCUGAAUGUAUCAAAUCCACACUUUAUGAAACAAUAUGAGAACUGAAACACAGCCAUCCUUCAAAUGUUGCACUUGCCUGAAUUUUGCAAUGCAGGUCUCCAACCAAAGAAUGUUAGCAAAAUGCAUAUAUUCCGAAACAGUGUGCAUACAAACAAUACAUUAAUGAAAAUACCAUACAAAAAUGCAUUACAUUGCAAACUUAAGGACAUUAGUCAAAACUGCAUACAGUAAUAUGUUUAUUAGGAGAAAUUCACAUUAAAAUGCAUUAAAUUCAUGAGGAUUUUUUUUUAAAAAAACGCAAAUUGUUGUAGAAAUGUGGAGAACUGCAUUUAAGAUUUUGAAAAGAAGAAACUGAAAGAAGUGAAAACUGACAGAUCCAUUCCCUAGUCAUGACAUCCUUAAGUCCAACUGAUUUUGAUGGCAUGGCUAACAUAAGAUAAAUAUAACCCAAUGUUUUUUUAAUGAAGUCAUCUCAUACAUUCAGCUGCCAGUCAUCAUUCUAGAGAAAUAAAGCAACGAAGAGAUGUGUGUGAAUUAUCCCUCUGUGUAUAUAUGUUUGAUCACUUCUGCUGGAAUAUUAGGCCAGGACUAUUGUGUUUAUUUUUAAAAAUCUAUGGAUUUGGGUUUGCCAAAUUUGCUUUCUUUCUGGAGAGCCUAUCAUUAAAAGCUUUUCAGAUUGCAUCUGCUCAUAUAAUGCCAAUGCCAUCUUUACAAGAGAUUUCCCCAUUUCAUUAAGAGCAUCAAGAGCUCUGACAGUAUGCCUGUCAUUUCCCCCUCUAUUGCUAUAGCCUCAUAGGGAUUAUAUAGAAUGUGUUUUAGAUGCUAAGGGACGAAAAUAAGUUCACAGCAAAUGUGAGGUUUGCAGGGUAGUAACUGACCUUUCAGACAGCUUGAAAGUGAUUUGAUUUGGCUGUUUCCCUCAAUUCUGCUGGCCUCCAUAGAAAAGAGGUAAAAUACGCAUUUGGUAUUUUAGUUACUGUACACUUAGAAAUAAUUUGGUAUUUAAUGUUGUGCUUUAGGCAGAAAAUAAAUCUAUAGCAUCAGAAACGAGGGGCACGGUACCACUGCAGGAAUUCAAAAAAGGACUGUAACUCUAUGUGCUAAUCCUUAGAUCUUGAAAAGUUUCCAUUGAACUAAUGGGUACAAAGCUGCCUUGUACUGAGUCAUACCAUUCAUCUAUCUAGCUCAGUAUUGUUCUGCAAUGACUGGCAAAGGCUCUCCAGGAUUUCAGGUGAGACUCUAUCCCAGCCCUACCUGGAGAUGCCAGGGAUUGAACCUGGGACCUUCUGCAUGAAAAGCAGAUGUUCUGUCACCCACCUGUAGGUCCUUCCCUGAUGGAGCAGAUGGCACUUCAUUAAGAUCUGAAAGUAUGCAUUUUAAAGUUUACAUAAGGUGCUCACCUAAUCUCAUCCCUACCAGUUCAAUUCCCAUGCCUCCAUCCCUCUCCCGACCUGAAGCACUGCAUCAGUUGGGGAAGCAGUAUUGUCUGCUGUGUUUAGAGGAACAUAGGAAGCUGCCUUAUGCAGAGUUAGACCAUUGGGCCAUCUAACUCAGUAUUGGGUCCCCAGAUGUUGUUGGACUACAUCUCCAUCAUCCCCAGACCAGCAUGGUCAAUGGUCAGGGAUGAUGGGAGUUGUAGUCCAUCAACAUUCUGGGGACCCAAGGCUGAAGAACACUGGUCUGUACUGACUGGCCACAACUCUUGAGAGAUUCAGGCAGAAGUCUCUCCCAGCCCUACUGGAAGAUGCUGGGAACUCAACCUGCAACCAUAUACAUGCAAAUCAGUUGUUCUCCCACUGAGCUUCCUAUUUGAGAGGGUAGAUUGUGGAUAAAUAUGAGAAGAAAAUUCUUGAUUAUAAGGAUACUUGAGCAGUGAGACCAACUACCUAGAUGGGUGGUAUGCUAUUAUUUGCUGGAGGUCUUUGAGCAGAGGCUAGAUGGCCAGGGAAGCUCUAGCUCUGUAUUUCUUAUACUGAGCAGAGGGUUAGAUUAGGUGGCCUACAAAUCACCCUCCAACUCUAUGAAUCUGAGGUGGUCAGUCUGCAUGGCUACUUAAUGGUGUAUAUUUUUGAGCUGAAGUAAUGCAAAACAAAAUCCAUUUAAUUUCAUUAUUGCCAUUUAUACACCAGUUUUAAAUCUUUGGUUGCCAUACCAUUGCCGCCCUGGGCUCCUGCUGGGAGGAAGAGCGGGAUAUAAAUGAAAUAAAUAAAUAAAUACCGGGAUUGUUCACAGCAACAAUGGUGUCAGAUGAUCCAUUUUCCUUGAACAGAGCUUUACAAGUGUAGUUGACCAUUGGUGCUUGCAGAGCUGAUCAGAGCAGUGCUUGGAAAUGCACAGGGCUUUGCAUUCUCCAACUCCCAAUCUGCUAAUCAGCAGUGACUGAAAACUCUGCUUCUGGGUGAGCUGAUUCUUUACCUGUAGGGCAGAUGCGUGUGGCUUGGUCGAAAUGACCUUGCAGGCCAAAUGGGGAUGCCUGGUGGAUCUAAUUUGUCCUGAGGAUCAGAAGUUUCCCAUCACUGCCCUGAAGUUUUCUGGGCCAAGGUUAAAACCACUACUUUGAAUUGUGAACCAGGAACAGAUCAGGAUCCAGUUUUUACCUCUCAAAAAACAAUGUUUUAUGGAAUUCGUGAACAGAUGGGAAAUGCACUGUGGCACUGACAGAUUUUGUGGCCAUCACAAGCAGACCUGAGUCCUGCUCUGGUUCAGGAGGGUGUGGGGUUCCAUCAUCAGCAAGCCCCCUACCCCCACCCCCAGAAGCCUGGUACUGGCACUGCAUUUUUUUCUCAAUGCCCUUCUGAGCUUCUUUUGGUACUUUUAAAAGCUGAAAGUAUCACAACGUUCAGAGAAGUGUGAAAUGUGAAGCAUAAUUACAUUCUGGUCCACACAUUAGUCUGGGCAGUGUUUGGAUCAGGUCAAUUCAUGUCAAAAUUCAGAUAAACUGAAUUCCUCACAUAUCCCUUGUUUCAAGGCCAUUGUUCUAUGUACUCCAUUUCUCUUUUUUCAGCUCAGUUCAUUAGCUCUUACAUUAAAGCACCCGAUGCUAUUUCUUUUGUGCUAGAGGGCUUUUGUGCAGAGUUUGUCCUCGGCAUAGCAUCGUGAUCUUGGCAUCCGUCUUGCUCGCAUGAGCUGCUGACUAUCGUGUCUGCCAGCAAGUGAUGCUGAAAUGCUUUUACAAUUUACAAGACAGCAAGGCAGAAUUUACAUUAGGCUGCUGGUGUGGUCCACUAGUUUUCCUCUGCAUACUAACCAUUACCGGAAAUCUCAAACCUCCAGAAUUCUUACCAUCCCAGUUUGGGAAAAUGUCCUGUGGCCCUGUAUGUAACUGGUAGAUUAUAUUGACUAUGGAAACUGAAAUCUGCUCAAAGACAUGCAACAAGAAUGGCAAACCGAAAUAGGGGCUGAUAUUUGCUAGGUGGCAUUCCUAUGAUGUGUUGCGUUGUGGGAAUAGUUUUUUUCCCCCUUUUUUAAGCUAUCUUCAGCACUUGACUAGGGAUUCUAUAUUCAGGAUGGGACAUAGCAGAAUGUACAAUUUCCAUGCAGAAGCAAACCUAACUUCUCCUGAGGGAUUGGGGAUUUUAAACCAGAAUGAGCUAUUAAAUUAAUAGUUCAUUCUUGCGUUAUUUCCAGCCAAAAUCAGAAAGAGCUGAAGAGCUGGGAAUCUGAUAAUACGAACCUGUUAUUAGCCUCAGCUCUGUAGUCUCAAAAGGCUUCAGUACAGGGUACAGAGAUGCUGUAAUCAAACCUGAAUUAUUUCAUUAGAUUUACUUUGGGGGGGGAGCAGACUUCAGUGUGUGGUGCAAAUGACAUAAACAUAGAUUCAAAGAAUUCUGGUCCCAGUACUUUUUUUAAAAGUACCAGAACUGAACAAAGUUCAUUGUUCCUCCAUACAAAAAAUCUACUCCUGAUUACCCCCAAGUUAUCUUCUUUCGAGCAGUAUUUUUUUUGGGGGGGGGGUGUCAUUUUCUUGCUGUGAUAGUUAAAUAAUUUAGAGUCCAAAAUCCUUGCUGAUCUACUGCAAAUCACCCAGUAGAUGCAGUAGAUGAAGACCUACCUUCGGCUCACCCUGAUAUUUCUGGGGUACAAAUAUGCUCAAAGGCAAAUCAACAACUCCUGUCACUUAGGUUAUUGUCAGGCUAGGGAUAAACAAAUCUAUCAAUUUUCAUUUCUCUCAUUUUCUCAUUUUUUUCUAUCUUAAGCUCAGUUUUUAUUUUUCUGCAAGAGUUUGUGAUUUUUUUGUUUUAAAAUUUAUUAAAAUUCACCAUCACUUGUGUGAAUUUCUGCUGAUAUACACAUUUCCGCAAGCAUUUCCCACUAAUAUAUGCAUUUCAUCCACACUUUCCCCUAUUAUAAAAGUUAUUUGGCUGGAGAACUGCAUCACAAAAUUCAGAGAAGUACAAAUUUCAAAGGAUAACUGUGUUUCAGUCUGCAUAUUGUUUCAGGAAUUGCAAAUUAAGGUGUUUCAAAUGCAAACAGAAACAGAGAAUAAAAUCUCCCCAUUCGUAUUCCAGACUACCUGUUUGAUUAUUCUAGUGUUCUAGACAUGACUGACAAUCGGCUUGCUCCUACCGUUUCUAUUUUAGAUUUUACCUGCUAAAAUACCUCCCUAGAGCCCCCCCCCCCAAUAAAUAUAUAGCAGGAGAAUUUUUAACUGAACUGUACCAAGGCUUGGUCAUGCUGUAAGCUACAUCAGACAUUAAUCCUAAACUAAAUAUUCUGCUCCUGAAGUGAAAUGUUAUCAGGAAGAUGUCAGUCUGUUUGGACAGGCUAAAAUUAGAAAAGUUACACUCCUGCCUGCAUCAUUCCAUGAGUUGUGAAAGUCGAGGAUGGGUUGAUCUGGAGCCUUGGCCUGGGAAGGCCGUAGCACUAAAAGCUCACCAAACAGAUCCCCAUAACGAAACCUUCAGCCAAAUAUGUUUUGUGACUUGGGAGUGAUUUCCUAAGCCAGGAGUUCCCAGUCUGUGAUCUGUGGACCACCAGUGGUCCGUGAAUUUCAUUCAGGUAGUCCAGGCUUGUCCAUAUUAAAUAUGCAUAUGGAUUUUUAAUUUUACUGUUAUUGCUUCUUUUAUUUCUUAUAUUGCAUUUUAUUGUACUACUAGGGGCUCCGUCCCUGCAUGCUUUGCACACCAACCCUUCCCCCAGGUCACCACGGUCCCCCUCCCCCUUUCCCCCAGGUCACCACGGUCCCCCUCCCCCUUUCCCCCAGGUCACCACGGUCCCCCUCCCCCUUUCCCCCAGGUCACCAUGGUCCCCC